UCACCGCCCGCCAGAGCCAAGUGUCUCCGAGCCACUGACCGCCGGGGGACGCUGGGGUAUAAAAGAAGCACAACAACCCUCCGGCCAACAGUUUGAGAGCUAACGAGAAUAACGCAGGAGCCAAACAGCUAACCUGAAAUGGCGACGGCAAUAUACUUGGAACAUUACCUUGACAGUAUUGAAAACCUACCAUGUGAGCUGCAGAGAAACUUCACUUUGAUGCGGGACCUGGACAACAGGACUGAAGAAAAGAAAAGUGAGAUUGACAAACUGGCUGAAGAGUACAUAGCGAAGGUGAAGAACCUGGCCUCAGAGCAGAGAGUGGAACACCUGCAGAAGAUCCAGAAUGCCUACAGCAAGUGCAAAGAGUUCAGUGAUGAUAAAGUCCAGCUUGCAAUGCAGACAUAUGAAAUGGUGGACAAACAUAUCCGCCGACUGGAUGCAGAUCUGGCGCGGUUUGAGAAUGAGCUAAAGGAGAAACUGGAAGUGAGCGGAUACGAAAGUACAGAUGGAAGAGCACUGAAAAAGGGUGAAUCCCGUGGACUGAGAGAGAAGCGAACAUCCAGAGGAAGAGGAAGGAAAGGUUCUGAUGAAGAUUCUCCCAAAAAGAAAAAGCUAAAAAACAGCCCAGACCUGAGUGACGCCCUCCUGCCCAUGCAACCAUCAGACGUUUUGGACAUGCCAGUCGAUCCCAAUGAGCCCACGUACUGCCUGUGCCACCAGGUGUCAUAUGGAGAGAUGAUUGGAUGCGAUAACCCAGAUUGUCCUAUUGAGUGGUUCCACUUUGCUUGUGUUGAUCUCGCCUCAAAACCCAAAGGAAAAUGGUUUUGUCCGAGGUGCACCCAAGACAAGAAGAAGAAAUGAGAAUCCUUACUUUCAAAAAUACUCAGCUAAUAAUGUAUGUAUUUUUGGUGUAGUUUAUAGUGUAAUAUAUAUAUAUUUCAGCCCUAUAACUCUCCAUAGAUGGUGGGUCAUACAGCUUUUUUUAAGGCCUAAUCCAGAUUCAGUGUAUAGCUACGCUUGUAGCACCAUUAUCUCACUCUAUUACAGUUACUUCAGUUAUGUUAUGUCAGUGUCAUUGGAUCUAAGAUGGCUGUCUUUGUCCAAUAGCUUUACAAUAAUCAACUCACAUGUAUAUUAUCUGUGCACUCAAGCUAAAGUAGUCUGGGCAGUGGAGUUAAACGUUGCACAAAUUACCACCAAUCAUAGAGUCCUUCCUGUCGAGUCGUAUAGUGUGUGUGUGUGUGUGUGUGUGUAUAUAU